AUGGCUGAGGUGGGAUUGGAUCAAUCCCAGGCAAUGGGUCCAGGCAGGAUGAGCGAGGAAAAGGUCCCCAGAAAGAGCAAGAAGAGCAAGAAGGGGAACGACGGCAAGGACAAUAAGGAGAAGAAGGAAAAGCCGAAGAAAGGAGAGGAUGAGAAGACUAAGGAAGGAUCCAAGCAGAAGAGUGUCGAGAAGGAUGAGAGCGUGGAUAAAUAG